AUGCCACCGCCAUGUCCUUCUGUAAAACGCUUCAUGAUGUACCAACAGGGUUGCUUCAUCGGUGGCACCAUCCUAUACAUGGCCAAGGACUUAGCGGAGAAUAACAAAGGAGCACGAGUUCUAGCACUGUUUGGUGAUGAUGCAACCGUCGUGAAUGUAGAUUCUGACCUGAUGAUUGUGCGAGAUUCAAUUCGAGGUUCUUUUCAAUUUGUCUCUGAGUUUACAAUGACUGAGAAAGCCAUUAAUCCAUCUAUAGUGAUGGAGAAUGAUGUUAAUCCUGGAUGGAAAUUAUCUACCAUUCUCUUGAAUGGUACAGGCAAAAUUGAAACCACAGUACAGACUAGAGGUAUAGGAAAAAUCGAGCAGGAUGAAGACAAUGGGGACAACGGAAGUCCUUUAUAG